AUGGAGGGCGACGCAGCGGAUUUGAAAGCGCGCAACGUAUCCUUUAGCCCUAUGAAAGACUACAUCCAGCUCCAAGACGGCCAGGAGGCGUCAAAAUUGAGUGAUGCUCGGCAGCCGCUCAAGUCUACGCCGAAAAAAUCUGCCCUCAAGCCGGGGCAUCAAACACGCCUGCCGAACGCCGAGCGCUACCAGUACCCUGACCCUCUUUUGCGCCGUUUACGUCUGAUCAACGGCAGGGGCAAGCCAGUGGAUCUGAAAGCAGAAUUCCGCGAUGCAAAGCUGGUGCUCUUCUACUUCAGCAGCCAGUGGAAUGCGCAGCAUGCCAAAGGCACGAGCCGCCUGGUGGCCGACCUUUGCCGCAAGUACCCCCAUGAGAUCAAGGUGAUCUAUGUGAGUGUCGACACGGAAGAGAAGCACUAUAUCGCAGCUACGCGCAACCAGCCAUGGCUGUCGAUGGAAUGGAAUGACGGCUCGUCUGAGAACCCCGAAGAAGAAAAGAAGGACGAAAAAGAGGAGCGUAAAGGCCCCCAAGAGUCGUUCUUGCUCGCCGAUGAUUCCGAUCUCGACGCUAGCGUCGUGGCCGCCGAUCCGGCCGGCACCUCGUACGUGCGCCCGUUCAGCCGGGUGUACAUGGCCUUUAAGCUGAACAUUCUUAUGACGCCCCAGAUUGCCGUGUACAAUAUCCCGCGGCACAAGUUCCUCGAUACAAAUGUGCGCCUCUCGCGUCUGAAGCCGGGCCGUGCGCAAGCCACGAUCGACAUCUGGCUGCGGGGCGAGCCUUCGCCGUCGAUCAACCUCACCGACAUGGUGUACACUGUGCCCUGGACCGCCGCUUUGGUGGUCGUGGCGAUCGCCUACUGCCUCGUUGCCAUGCUUGGCGGCGAGCAGAUGUACAUUUCCAACAUGAUCAAGCGGUUUUCGUAG